AACCAUAGUACCAGCGCAUGUGCUCUAUGAACAGCCGCUGUGUUUUGUUGUAGAUCAGAUUCUGUUGUAGUCCAUUCCAUAAGACCUGUCGCUAGUAAGGGUAGUGUGCAGCAGGUUCUUUGUGGGUUGUUGUACGGGCAAGGCCAGGAUCAUACGCACCGUGCGGAUAUCAAGCCUAAACAAGCAUGGCUGGGACAAUCGCCAGAACACUGUGGAGAAGAAAGAUCCCCGUCCAUGUGUCUCGCAUGUCCUAUUCGUCAUCAGUGCCUACUACGAAGCUUUUUAUCGACGGCAAGUUUAUUGACUCCAAGUCUUCAGAAUGGAUAGACGUCCACAACCCUGCGACCAACGAGGUGGUCACGCGGGUCCCCAAGGCCACUCAGGAGGAGAUGCUGGCGGCGGUGAACUCCUGCUCCAAGGCCUACCACGACUGGUCCGAGACCUCCAUCCUCAGCCGACAGCAGAUCUUCCUCCGCUACCAGCAACUCAUCAAGGAUAACAUCAAAGAGUUGUCCAAGUGCAUUACGCUGGAGCAGGGCAAGACUCUGGCCGACGCCGAGGGAGACGUCUUCAGAGGCCUGCAGGUGGUGGAGCACGCGUGCAGCAUCACGUCGCUCAUGCUGGGCGAGACGCUGCCCUCCAUCACCAAGGACAUGGACACGUACACGUACCGGCUGCCCAUCGGCGUGUGCGCGGGCAUCGCGCCCUUCAACUUCCCCGCCAUGAUCCCGCUGUGGAUGUUCCCCAUGGGGCUGGUGUGUGGCAACACCUACCUGCUCAAGCCCUCGGAGCGCGUGCCCGCCUGCACCAUGCUGCUGGCACGACUGCUGCAGGACUCCGGGGCGCCCGACGGCACACUCAACAUCAUCCACGGGCAACACGCAGCUGUGAACUUUAUCUGUGACCAUCCUGCCAUCAAGGCCAUCAGCUUCGUGGGCUCCAACCAGGCCGGAGAGUACAUCUACGAGAGAGGGUCCAAGAACGGCAAGAGAGUGCAGUCCAACAUGGGGGCCAAGAACCACGGCGUGGUGAUGCCAGACGCCAAUAAGGAGAACACGCUGAACCAGCUGGUGGGCGCUGCGUUCGGGGCGGCUGGGCAGCGCUGCAUGGCCCUCAGCACCGCCAUCCUGGUGGGGGAGGCUCGCCACUGGCUACCCGAGCUGGUGGACCGCGCCAGGAACCUGCGCGUCAACGCAGGUGACCAGCCUGGUGCCGACGUUGGGCCGCUGAUCUCGCCCGAGGCCAAGGACCGGGUCAACAGCCUGAUCCAGAGCGGUGUGGACGAGGGCGCCAAGAUGCUGCUGGACGGUCGCAACGUGCAAGUCAAGGGAUACGAGAACGGCAACUUCGUGGGCCCCACCAUCCUGGGUGGAGUCACGCCCGACAUGAAGUGCUACACGGAGGAGAUCUUUGGGCCGGUGCUGAUCGUGCUGGAGGCUGAUAGUUUGGAUGAGGCCAUCGGCUUGGUCAACAGCAACCCGUACGGCAACGGAACCGCCAUCUUCACCACCAACGGCGCCGCCGCCAGGAAGUACACCAACGAGGUGGACGUGGGCCAGAUUGGAGUCAACGUUCCUAUUCCGGUACCUCUCCCCAUGUUCUCCUUCACCGGAUCCAGAGGAUCUUUCCGUGGAGACACCAACUUCUAUGGAAAGCAGGGCAUCCAGUUCUACACUCAGAUCAAGACUAUUACAUCACAGUGGAAGGCCGAGGACGCCACGCUCAAGAGUCCUGCUGUUACCAUGCCAACAAUGGGGCGCUAAUGUAGGCUGUGAAGAACACCCCAUCGUUGCUACUACUGACAUGCCUUAAAACUCAAAGAACGUGUGUGUGUGUGUGUGUGUGUGGUGUGUGUGUGUGUGUGUGUGUGUGUGUGGACAUGCAAGUGUAAGUAUGUGAGUCUGUGUGUGUGAGUGGGGGUUGUCACUGUGGGAGUGAUUUUUGUCAGCAGGUGUCUUUUUUUUUUGUGAUGCACAAUAGUUGUAACCCACAUGUGGAUUUCUUUACCCAAGGACAGUUAUCAGAGCAGUUCAACCUGCUGGAGUGCUUCACCUAGUCUCUGUUGUAGUGGCGCCCCCUUCAGUAGAUUGAGGAGAAUGCACAUAAUUGUUUGCUCUCCCUCAACAGCAGGCUGUUUGGAUUGGCAAUUGCUCACACAAUGUAACUAGAUGUACUUAGAGACACUCAGAUAUCAAACUCUAGUCUGACGCAGCCAUCAUAUUCCCACCGCUGAAGUUGAGUACACAUUAACCUACAGCUAAUGUAAUGCAGCAGCCAUGUUAAUGAGCGCAGUAAAUGUGUAGAUUAUCCCAUGCGUGUGUGAUUUCAGAAUACAUUUUUGAUUGAAUGUUUGUUUAGAAAAAUUGUAAUGUUUUGUGGAAAAGAAGAGUUUUUUCCCCCCCUGAGAUACCAGCUGCAAAUAAUGCAUGAUCAAGUGGGGCUUUGAUCCACAAAAUAAAAACCCUUUGUGAUGGAA